GCAUGGCGGGGCUGGAACGGGCGUCAGGCGCGGGCGGAAGUGUAGAGAGGAGGUGGUGGGGAACAUGUCGGCCUCCCUGGUGCGGCGGGGACUGGAGCUGCUGGCGGCGCCAGGUCAGGGAAAGGCCUCUGCGGGCCUCCAGCAGCGGCAGGACGGCCCCAGGGCGGCCGGCACUGCGAGGCGAAGGAAGGCGGCGCAGGAGCCUCGGAGGAACAAGGCCACAGUCAAGGGCAGAGUCGUGAAGUCGGCGAUAGAGGAGUAUCGUAAGAAGGCAGCUGUGAAUCACUUGAAAGCAAACCUCCAGUACAUGUUGAAGGGACGAAUUGUUGCAAACAAAACCAUCACAGAACAAGUUCUUGCUCAGAACAGAGGCAGAAAGUCCAAAGAUCAGCCUCCAAAGAAGUUGGAAAAGAAGAAGCCCCAGGGCACUGUCUUUACUGAGGAAGAUUUCCGUAAAUUUGAGAGAGAAUACUUUGGGAGACCAUAAACAGCAUGACAGGGACUCACAGCUCCAGUCUUUCUGCACACAGGGCUGGCCAUUUCCUUGGCAUAUAUGAGAUGGGACAUUGGAGAUGUGCCUCUGUUAGAAAGUGCUUUAAUGUCACACUUGCAGAGCAGCUCUGCAUCUGUGCAGAACUUGUUACUGGCCAGUUUGAGCCAUGGAGGUUCUCUUGGCUAUGGGAUGCGUUGUCCUAAUAAUUGCCACCAGCCAGCCAGCAUGUCUUGCACUUUUGGUGUAGGAGGGUGAACCAAGCCAAAUAGAAAUCUUGUUCCCCUUCCUCAGGUUGUAAGGCUUCCGCUAUCUGUUACUUGGCAGGGAGCGUUUAAAAUAUUGCAUCUGAGUGGAGAAAUGUUUUGGAGCAGCCGUAAUAAGUCAUCGGAAGGGAAGGAUGCUUGGAAAGACUGCUAAUCCUGAGGUAUCCCUGCAGUUUCUUUUCUUAUUGCAGACUCUGUCAGGUUGUUCAGUCAUUGCAAAAACUUUCUAUAUGUUGUUUGAUUAAAUAAUUGUUGCAGACACUGCCUAUCUUCGCCUUUUUAAUAGUGAUUGUUAUGACAGGCUACAGUUGGUGAAGAAAAAAAUGUAUCACUGUUUUGAUCCAAGUAUCCCUCUCCUUAGGGUGGCUCAGUUGUCGUGUUGACACAUGUCCAAUCUCUUGGACAUGCUUAGGCCUUCAAAGAGCACAGGUUGGAAUGGAGAGGACUCUGCUUUGGAUACUUCCACCUGAGCCUCCUGCUGAGGCUUGCCGCACUAGGAGUGCACUGCUGCUGGCUGCUGGCAGCUUCUGGCGCCAGGAGGGAUUGUGACUCGGGUGUUACCAAUGGUAUGAAGUUAAAAUCUUCUGAGUGAGAGGUUUUGAUGCCUGGUUGAAUUUUUUUUCCGACUGCUGCUGCAGCAAAUAGAAAGCCCAGCAGGUGGGAGUGUUGUUCCACUUUAAAUAUGCUUUUAGGGAGCUCCUGGCACUGCCGUUGUCUGCUCCUUACCUGAGAAAAGGGGAAAUGUGUUCACUUUGGGGAAGAAAAAAAGAGGUAAGGAGAAGGACUAGUGCCAAGUUUUGAUUAGACUCAGGAGUUCAUUAUAAGAGACUUGGCUGACCGGAGCGGCAGCUGCUUAGUUGUCAGUACUGGAGGGAAUUUGGGAUCUCUUCCCUGCCCUCUGAUUAUAAUUCCUGGUGCUGUCCUCUUAAGUCUGCGCCUUUUCUUUUGUUUUCUUUCCUUCUUGUCUGCAAAGGAGGGAAAGUCUCCCAGAUGUAUGAGGUCCAGACAAAGGAAAUAGCGAACAUACUGAGGUGUGUGUAUUUGGAAUUGUGUAACAGCAUGUGGGAGGGGAUUUCUUGUAAUAGGAUCAAGUUCAACUAUGCAGCCAGAAGUGGUAAAUACAGAACAGUUCAAAGACCAAUUUCCUUCUUUUUCAGUUUGUUCUUGCUCUCAGAGGUAAUAAAGAUGUCUUAAAAAAAAAAGAGAGAGAAUCACUGUUUGCUUCUUAAAACAGUGGAAACACUAUUGUUUGAAAAAGAAGUUGAGCAAAAUUUUUUAGGGAGACACGUGCUGCUUCACCUCUGCACUCUGUGCUUGCUGCAGUGUGAGCUGCUGCAGUGAUGUGUGGAGCUGUCAUGGAGACUAUUAACUGUGAAAAAGGUGGCUGUGCCACAACUUGACUUUUGAAAGGGUGGAUUUCUGGAUUAUUACUUUGUUUCAUGCCCUCAUCUUCAGUACCUGGCAGUUCUUUUGACCUUAUGAGGUCCUUAAUGUCACCCCCUGCACUUCCCUUACCAGUUCCUCCUACAGGGAUUGUUUCUUGUGGUUCUGUUCCUGAGCCCUUCUUCUGCAGGCUGAGGAAAGCAAAACCAUCCUUUGUUGCUCCAGAAAGGAACGCUAGGGUCAUGUGGUUCACUCUCUUUUGUGCAAAACCUUCUUGUUUCCUUGCAAAUGUAAGCUAACAGGAAAACUGUUUUUUCAAAGUUAAUGAGGAACUUUAAAGUCGGGCCCGGUGCAGUUUUGCCGAGGGAUAACACAUCCUGUGUUAUCCACAAUCUGUGGAGUUUUAAAGUUGGAUGUGUUCUCUCUGGCUGAAAAGACUUUUGGGGCCAACACAAGUAAUCAACGUACUUGUGGCUAUAUGCCAUGAGGCAUUGUGUUGAACAGCGUAAAGUACCUGACAGACUGGAUUUGCCAUCUGAAGUUGAGAACUGGGUUGUACAGCCAAGAGUGUACUUAAAUAAAUCAAACUUAACCUUGCAGAAGGAAAUAAAACCAUGCAGAAGUGAAGGGAUGGCUGUAGAUAAAUCAUCUGCAAGGGCAAAGAUCUGAUAUGUUCUAGCCUUGAUUUCUCCACCUCUCUAGUGGAGAAUGAAGCUCCUAGAAAGAACAGCAGUGCCACCUGCACACUGGGUAGGUAAGAACAGGAGCUGUCCCCUGAGGGGAGUAUCUUCAAGAUAACAGAGCAGGGAACAGGUACCAGCUUGUUAUGUGUCCCUGGUGGUAAGCUAAAGCUAAGCGUCUUGCAUUCCAAACUGUUACGGUCUAGUCAUCCCUAGAGCAUGUCAGCUCCUUGGCGAUACUGGGACCUCAGGAGGCUAUCUUAGAGCAACUUAUGCCAACUCUGUUCCUACAGCCAGACCUUGCUGCCCCACAAAAGAGAGAAGAGAGGGUCAGGGAGGGAGAAGCUGCCAUAGCUGCUUUUCCUACUUGGCCUCCGACCUGCAGUUCCCAUGCUGGAGGUUAACAUGCCACAGCCUGCAACCCUCAGACUGGCCAGACAGCAUUUCUUCUGGUGCAGCUGCAAGCGAUGGCACAGGGAGAUGUCCUGCUGCUGCGGGGCGAGGGCCACGUGCUGGCUGAGUUCAUCAGGCUGCUGACUCUCUUCUCUGUAGCACCAGCUGAGCAUUCUGCAGCAGAAAAUAGAGGUAGGUGAGCUAGGGUAGAAGGAGGAAGAUGCCUUCUUACAGUGCAUCCCCACCCACACGCAGCAGGGAGUCAGAAUGGGAAGCAGCGGCAGCAGCUUUAAUAUAAAUGCAAAUAAAAGCUCUGGAGUGUUAUUAAAUGUCAUAGAACCUUUCUAGGGAAAGUUUGGAGGGGGCAGAACAGUUCCCAGAUGGUCGGUGUUGAGCUAGCUUAUUGUGAGUAAGAUUCAUCAAGCUGGUUAAUGGCCUAUUGCUCCCUCGUUAUGUGAAUGGAAAGCAAACAGGAAAAUUUGUUUGGAUGGGUACAAACUAAUGUAUGCUCAUACAGGCUCUGCUCUAUCAGCAAGUCUUCUUUCGUGUGGAAAGAAACAACAGCUAAUAUCAGCAUUACUUGUGUAUCAGGAGAGGGGAAGACUGCAAAUGUAAAGCAAGAAAACGUAUUUACUCAGGAGACUGAGCAGCUCCUUGCCUCUGAAGUGACAUAGCAGUAACAAACCUGGCUGUGAAUGAACCAAGAUAGACUGAAAAAAUGGCUCAGGCAA